CCCACGGAAUGCGUUUCGCUACCCGGUAGACAGCCAGAUUCGCAUGAUUGUGAAUACUAGCGUCAAAUGGCGUCAACUCCCUCUGAAGCUUAUUAUUUUCUAUCCGCUCCGCUGCAUCUUUGUCUGUUUCGACAGCUUCUCAACUUCUGCAAGAGCAAAUAAUCAUGACUGUUGCAAAGGGUGCAAAGACAAAGCCAAGCCAAAAUGCACAGAAAUCAUGGUCGGGCCUGUGAUGCCUGUGCAUCGAGGAAGAUUCGCUGCAACCGGGAAGUUCCCUGCCAACGAUGCAAAGAAUUGUCCAUUCCCUGCAGAGUUGCAAGGCCAGCCGCCAAACCUGGCCCUAAGGGUCCUUGGGCUCUGAAGAGACGUCCUUCUCCACAAAAUUUGAGACGGAAAGAUCAUGUUUCAAAGCCUACCUAUAAUCAACGUUCUUCAACGACCUUCCCAGAUGCACGGAUCCCCCAGUCUAUCUUAUUGAGCCUCUUGGCUGCUUAUAAUGAAAAAUUGUACCCGCUGUGGCCUGUCAUCGAUACAGACGAGAUAGCCAGACGCCUUAAUGACUUCAACGAUUGGGAGACCUAUGCCCUAGCGGUUGCCCUAUGUGCGGUGACGAUUGUGCAGCUCAAUAUCAAGCCACCACAUGACGGCCAUGAGAGAUAUGACGGUCUGAGCCUAGCAGUUGAGUCGGAGCGGACGAGGGCAAAAUACAUGGACCAAGAGCAGCCUUCUAUUCCUGUCCUUCUAACCUCCUUCUUCUUGCAUAUUUUCUCCGCCAAUCAUGGUCAAGUCUGUAAAGCAACACUCCUCCUUCGAGAGGCAAUCACCUUCGCUCAGUUCCUGGGUCUGGAAGAGUAUGAGCAGCCCUCGAAAGAGGCCGCGAUAUCUGAUACACAGCUCCAACGUCGAAUUCUCUGGUUGCUCUUCAUCACAGAGAGGGGUCACACGACUCGCUUUGGGCUUUCACGACUUUUACAGAAGAGCCCUCCCCCUCCACAGUUAGGACCGGGCCCCAAGGCAGCCAGGCUGGUAUCUUUUGUUUCGCUAUGUCGACUAUUUCACACUUUUGGCCAUGCCAUGGACACUCUUCCCUACACCAAGACAUCCGAUUUCUUCGUCCAAUACGACACGGCAUUGCAGGCAAUCCCACAAAUCCAGUCAGCCGACGGGAUUGUCAAAGCAGACUUCCUCGUUACCCAACAGUGGAUGCGAAUUGUUCUGUGGAAAUCGGUCAUGUUUAAUUUUCCAUUGAACUCUGCAUUGAAAAGCAAUGACGCAAUGCAUCUUGCCUUUCCGGAGUGCGUUGCGAGAAAUGUCGUGUCAUAUCUCAACAAUUUUCCGCGAGAAAUAUUGGAAGCGCAUGGUCUCGGAAUGGAAAUGAAAUUGACAGAGGUUGCAAUAUCGCUGGCGGAUGUUCUCAUAUGUGGACCUACUAGCGUUCUUCAUGCUCAUUUGAUGCGAAUCGGGCCCGGAGAGGUUCUUUCAAACUUAGGACAGUUCUUGAAGUCAUUUCGAGGAGGUGGCAAUCCGAGAUUGGAGCUACUGCAAGAGAAAAUGUUCACGUAUGCAGAGUCACGUUCUCUCAGUCUUAGUCCGCCUCUGAGUCAAUUCAUGCCAAAUCUCGAUAACAUAGAGGGCAUUUGGUUCGAUACUGGUCAAGAAGAAAAUGAUUCCGCAAGCGUUAGCGCUCCUUUAGAUGAUUUUCCACUUCUUCUUCAAUUUUAAUUGUCAAGGUUCAAUCUGGCGCAGUACCCAUACGUUUUCUGUCAAACGCUAUACUACAUCAUUUUUGAUCAUCAAUGAUCUAUUCAUGGUCUGCUUUUUUUUUGGUUCCCCUGAUUGGUCCUUUGAUACAAAUCAUAAAAUCAUGACGAUCGGGUUUUCAUAGUCACGUCAGCAUAGAAAGGGUCAGAAAUACUAAAGUAUAGGCAAAUACAGUAGAUGAGGCUAAAGUACCAAGGCUUUUUCUGUAGACGUCGUAUCAAUUUUAUUUGAAUAUCUUGGGUUUUCGCAUUUUAAAAUGGCAAUUUUUUAUUGCCACUCUGCAAAGC